AUGGCUGUUGGUAAAAACAAGAGAUUGUCCAAGGGUAAGAAGGGUUUAAAGAAGAAGAUCGUUGACCCAUUCACCAGAAAAGAUUGGUUUAACAUUAAAGCCCCAACCACUUUUGAAAACAGAAAUGUUGGUCAAACUUUAAUCAACAGAUCCACCGGUUUAAAGAAUGCCGCUGAUGGAUUAAAGGGUCGUGUCUUUGAAGUCUGUUUAGCUGACUUACAAGGUUCUGAAGACCACUCUUACAGAAAGGUUAAAUUGAGAGUUGAUGAAGUUCAAGGUAAAAACUUAUUAACCAACUUCCACGGUUUAGAUUUCACUUCUGACAAGUUAAGAUCUUUAGUUAGAAAGUGGCAAUCUUUAGUUGAAGCUAACGUUACUGUUAAGACCGCUGAUGACUACGUCUUAAGAGUUUUCGCUAUUGGUUUCACCAGUAGACAAGCUAACCAAAUCAAGAAGACUACUUAUGCUCAAUCUUCCAAAUUAAGAGAAAUCAGAAAGAAGAUGACUGAAAUCAUGCAAAGAGAAGUUUCUAACUGUACCUUAGCUCAAUUAACUUCUAAAUUAAUCCCAGAAGUUAUUGGCCGUGAAAUUCAAAAGUCCACUCAAACCAUCUACCCAUUACAAAAUGUUCACAUUAGAAAGGUUAAAUUAUUAAAACAACCAAAAUUCGACUUGGGUGCUUUAUUAGCUUUACAUGGUGAAGGUUCUGGUGAAGAAAAGGGUAAGAAGGUUGCUUCCGGUUUCAAGGAUGUUGUCUUAGAAUCUGUUUAA